CCUGUACAAGUACUAAGUCUGGUCACGUGCGAUCGCCUUUCGGGGUUUGUUUUCCGGUGUUGAAGUUGAAAACGAUGCGAAAUUGCCAAGCCACAACAUGGACUUCGCAGGACUUGGUUGGAGAUAUUGAUCGACAAUGCUCAAGCACAGCUGUCCUGGCAUCGAGGAAAGAAAAUCAUGCCCAACAGUAAUGAUGAAGCUGAGGCUGAAUCACUAGACCUGUUUCAAGAACCUGCAGACUUUUACCAACCAGAGAAGCAGGCCACAUUCACGACUUAUACUCUCAGAAAUGGUCAAACCCUCAAACUUCGGCUAGUAGGCCAUAGUCCUCUAUGGGGUCAUCUGCUUUGGAAUGCUGGACAAGUGAUAGCACAAUAUCUGGAGGAUGAUGCACUGAAGCUCGUUCGUGGGAAAACAGUACUCGAAUUAGGCGCUGGAGCCGGGCUUCCAAGUCUGGUGGCGGCUGUCCUGGGAGCGGGAAAGGUUGUCGUGACAGACUACCCAGAACCAGACUUGAUUAUGAACUUGCGCUACAAUAUUGAACACUGCUCAACAUUGGCAGACAAGUCCAACAUUGUAGCGGAAGGCUUUCUUUGGGGCAGUUCGAUCGAGCCUAUUACAGUUCACUUGCAGCCCGACCCCCAAGGGUUUGACCUAUUGAUACUCGCGGACAUACUCUUCAACCACUCCGAGCACGCAAAACUCCUGACUACUUUGCGAGAAUGCUUGAAAAAGUCUGCGGACUCCCUAGCCCUGGUCUUCUUCACACCGUAUCGGCCAUGGUUACUGGAGAAAGAUCUGAUCUUCUUCGACUUGGCUCGGGCAGACGGCUUUGUGGUCACGAAAGUUCUGGAGCAUACAAUGGACAAAGUCAUGUUCGAGAAUGACCCUGGAGAUGAAACACUGAGAAGAACAGUUCUCGGCUACGAAGUUAGAUGGCCAUCAUGACAGGUCGAACAGUCUAAACCUAGGCAUGGACGGACAAUCUUCGACGAAGGAUUCUGUGCUGAAUUCGAUGCCAACCAUUACUAAGGCUAGUCAUACCCCGUGGCUGCAAUGUAAGGAG